AUGGGCGACAGUUCUUGCAGCGGCUCAACGCCAUUCAAAAGCCUCGUCCAACAUGGGACUCAAGAUCGAAGCCUGCACCAGGACCGUAUCUCGAGUACGUCCGGUUUUCAGUCUGGUUUUCGGGCCACUGCUUCCACCCCUUCAAACUCGACGCAAGAUGCCUUCGGCGCAUUUCUAGCAUCGAAUGGUCCCAAUUUCCAAAAUCUCUCCAUACCUAGCGACCACGCUGGUUUCCAACCACCACAUCUUUCCUCGGAUCAACAUCACAGACGCUUGCUCCCUCCCUCUUUUCACUCCGCUGUUCAGCUAUCGCCCCCAGUUUCCUCUGGGAACGCCUCUGCACCACUCUAUCAACAUCAGUCAUCAAAUGCAUCACUUCGUGGAGCGUCUAAUUGGGCCCAGGACUUCGCUAGAUUCUCCCAGGACGUUUCAAGUGCUGGUGGUCCUACGUUUAUGACCCCAAAUUCACAGCACUACCACCAUUGGCAUGCAGGCUUUCCACACAAUAUGAUGAGUUUUCCUUCAUCAUCUUUGCUUGGUGGAACGGGCGUUCCCGCCACAGCUGCCAGGCAUGGUACUACAGUCAAUACCGCUGUCGUUACCGAGACCGAUUUCGACCUAGAAAUGGACCAAUGGAUGGCGGCUCACGGAGACAAGCGAAUAGAAGACGUUGACGCCAUCAUGGAGGAACUGGCGCGGCAAAUGGAACAAGACAUAGAUGCACCUUGCACAUCGCAACAAGCUCAAAAUCUCGGUACCUCUCACAUUAUGGCCAGCGAUACCACUCUAGCCGAGCAACAAGGUGAACAGGCCAAGCCUGCCUCAGUCGCAGUUGGCCGUGGGGCGUAUGUAGGGGCGAAGGCCACCUCAUCCAGUAUUGAAGACCGCGUUAUGUUGACGGACACUACUCGGUCGGAUCGUUUUGAUGAUACAUCGCGGCUUAGCUUGGAUGAGCAAAUUAAAGCAGCACCAAUUGAGUCCAGCACUCAGGAGCAGUCAGAAAUCUCAGAGGCUGCUCGACAGAUUCUAGAAUCUGUUCAGCAUGAACAAGGCGACAAGUGGAAAAACUCCCGCUUUCUUCUCUUAAUGAAGGACUUUCGGGACGGGAACAAAGAUAUUGUUGAUAAUGAGAUUUUAGAGACUCAUGCUGGCGGCGGUCAUGCAGGUCAGCAGACAACAGCGGCUGAGUAUUGA